UUUAAAGACAUAGGUUCGGUACCAAACAGUUAUACGUGUUAUGAGUAGUAUCGGAUUCCUGAUAGUUUAUGUUUACUAGUACUUACAAGACCAACUGUUAUAGUUGUUUGGUAUAUUAUCAGGAAUACGUUUGGUGAUCACUUCAACACAUCGGUGCCUAUUAGUAUCAGGAAUUAUAUUGGAUUCUAUCAAAGCUCUUUAAAUCUUUACGGUUAAAUAUCGAAAUAAGUAAAGAAAUGAUUUGUAUAAAGCUGUCGUCUCUAUAUUUGGGUAUUCUGGUUUUAUUUGUUGGAAUAUAUCCAGAUGUGUCUGUGUCGGCAGCUACACAUCAUGUUCAUAUAAAACCAGAAUUAACAAGGAAAGCUCUACUAAAUCAAAUGAUCAACACGUCAGCGACUGAAGAUCCAUAUGAUCCGAGGGCACCGCCGGAUUAUGAAAAAGAUAUACCAACAAAUGUUACCAUUAAAAUAUUUCUGCUAAGUUUUGAUUCCGUCAGUGAGACAACAAUGGAUUAUUCGGUUGAAAUAUAUCUAACUAUGAUCUGGGUAGAUGAAAGAUUACAGUUUUUAAAUUAUUCCGACUUUAAAUGGCUGGAAGUCGGAACCAAACUUAUGGAUGCCGUCUGGGUUCCUGACGUUUACUUCCGGAACGAGAAAACAGCUGCCUUUCAUGACGUAACAGUUCCGAAUAGAUAUCUUCACCUCUACCCCAAUGGUACGGUAGUUUAUAGCAUGAGAUUGUCUUUAACAUUAAUAUGUCGAAUGGAUUUAUUAAAAUACCCACUAGAUACACAAAUAUGUCCAAUGGUUAUACAAAGUUAUGUUUAUACAACGGAAAAUGUUUUAUUUUGGUGGGAUACCCAUCAGCCAUUAAUAUUUGAUGGAGAUCUGGACCUAAAUCAAGGUCUACCACAGUUUGCUAUUACUGAUUCUAUAACAGUUGGGUGUACAGCAUCACUAGGGGGCACAAAUUUUGCAUGCAUAAAGGCCUCUUUUACAUUACGACGUGACGUCAGAUACUAUGUCAUACAAGUGUACAUUCCCAGUAUUCUAAUAGUAGGAUUAUCAUGGGUGUCAUUUUGGUUGGAUCUGAACGCUAUACCGGCACGUGUUUCGCUGGGAGUUUUAACAGUACUUACUUUGAAUACCCAUGGCUCUAACGUGCAAGCAGCGCUACCCAAAGUCUCGUAUAUUAAAGCAAUAGACGUGUGGACAGUGGCCUGCUUAAUAUUUGUAUUUUCCGCUCUGUUAGAGUUUGCUUAUGUGAAUGUUUUGUCUCGGAGAGGUGAUAAGCUGAAUUAUAUCGGAUCUGGAUGUGGAACAACUCCCUGUUUUUGUGAUAUUGAUAUAGAUCCUGAUAAGGAUACUUCAAAUGAUAAUUCUACACCUGAGAAAAGAAGACAAAAUUACCAGAAAUGGCGACAUGCCGCAAGACGAGUUGAUAAAAUGUCUCGUAUAGCGUUUCCUGUUGGCUUUAUAACUUUUAAUCUUGUUUAUUGGAUUACUUAUGUCUUUGUUGAUAUCUAAUGGAAACGAUCAUAAGCUGAAUCCUAGCAACGAAAUGUGUGAUAAAAACUGACAAUUUCAGGGAGAGAUUAGCAGAUACCGAUGUCCGAUAAUAAUGAGUAAUGGCGAAUAAAUGUGAAAUAUACAAAGACUAAUAAUAAUGAAUAUAAAGGUCUUGUAGUAAAAAGAUAAAUAUACAAUAUACAAAAUGACGUAAUUAAAAAUGGUGGAUAACGAAAUUGUGUACUAAACUGUGAAUAUACAAUGGUGUAAUAUUGAUAUAAAGAUUGCAUACCAAACGGUGUAUAUGAUUGAAUAUACCAUGUGAAUAUACACGUACUAUGGUGUAAUCAAAUGUGAACAUGGACAUUGAAGUAAUACAAUAUGAAUAUUCGUGUAUACACAUGUGUGAUAAGCGGUUGAUUAAUAUACACGAUAUCAAUGAAAUGUGGAUAUACAAUGACGUAAUAAAAUGUGAAUAUACAAUGACUGAAUAAAAAGUGUAUGAUGACGUCGCAAAAGACCCAUUAAUUAUCUAGUGCAGAGGAGUAUUUAGCAAUCGAGAAUAUUAAUUGACGAUUUUGGUCAAGUAUUAAAUUAUCUUAAUGUAAAAUCAGGUAAAAAUCACCGUAGUAAACACGUAUUCUGAGAGUAUUGCUGAAACAAUACAUAUUAUGCCCUGCAGGUCCCAAAAAAAAUUUUCAUUGAAUUUGUACCCUGUUAUAUGAAACAGUGUGCAAAAUUUUUAUAAAAAAACAAACAAAUUUUAGGUUAAAGGAGCUAAAUCUCUAUUUUUUGGCACCUAGAAAUGGGUACAAAUGAGUC